CCUCCACAUCAUCCCACCUCUUCAAACGCGCCUCCCGAUCUCCCAACCAUACACCAGCCUCCCGCGCCUCCAACCCUCGAUCUCACCAACAAUGCCUCGAUACCGCCCACCUCCAACCGUCGAACAAUUCUGGGACACCUACGUCUAUCACCUCCCCACCACCCCACUCUCAAUUCAGAAGAUUCUCCGCGGCCGCCGCAAGCACUGCCCAAUCUGCCUCAAACCCUUCAGCGCAAGACAUCAGUGUGUCCUCGUCGAUACAUUCACGAAAUCCUUCAAAUGCCAUCACUUCAUUGGGCGCGCGUGUCUGCGAAAUGCGCUGAAGAAAGACAACCACUGUCCGAUAUGCCGGACCACGCUCCAUGCACCGAGCUGGCGCGAGUGGUGGGAAGGAGUGAAGUAUGACCUACACCCUCGAGUUCUGUGCGGGGACUUGCGACGAACGUGGCGCCGUUUGACUCGCGAGGAGAGGAUCUUCAUCAGCUGCAUCCUGUCCAACGUAUUCCUGGCGAGUAUCCUUGUCGUUCAGCUGUUAUCAUUGCGCCGCGAUAGCCUGGCUAUUCUCGCAGUCGUGAUACUCAUGGCUGUGGCGUUCGCUAUCGCGCUCUGUCAGACUCCCCAUCUGAGACGUAAGGAUGGCCGAUGGGUGGCAGAUAUGCUCCACGCGUGCUCUGUUUUGUUCCUUUAUGUGUGGGUUGUGGUCCGUAUGCCAAAGUAUCUGGCGCAUGGGACUGCUCUGAGGGUUUGGGGGUUGAGGUUGUGGGAGAUGAGGUGAAGGGGGCGAAUGGUACGUCGGUUUGAGUUGGGAUGCGGAUACUUAAUUGGCUUGUGGGACUUCCUAAGGGUUGGAGCUUGCGGUGUACGUUUUAAGAGGCGCGGUUCCUUCGCUGAGAGUUAUCCCGCACUCGUGUACUGAAAUUUGAAGCAGGAUUAGAAGAAUAGUUCAAGGCUGAAGCCAUGGCCAGUGUAUCCAAUUCAUCUAUCGAAGGCCCGAAUCCUUCCCCGGCUUUGCU